CAAUGUAAUUAAUUUAUGAGGCUUUUGCAGAUAUUAAUGUGUGCGUUUUUGUCACAGAAGCAAAGAUGUUAAAGAUGUAUAUUAGCUGGAUUUAAACCUUAAGUCGACAUGGGGAUAUUAGUGAAAGGAACAGUAUGUUUUCUCGAGGUGGAUUAUGCCUAUGACUUAUAUAAGGUGUAAUACCUUUGGCUCAGUGCUCUUUAACUAACCUCGGCUCCAGCCCCAUGAAUUGACUCCAACAAAGCCUGAAUUGACUUGAACUAUCACAAACUAAUGAAAGAGACUGAAGGACUGGAAACAUCUUUCUCUCCGCUGUCAUACACACAAAGUAAAUGUUGCCCCAAGAGACCAGUGCACUUCCUUUGGCGCAGGAAAUGACCUUGAUUUGAUUUGACUGAAGUCCAAUACAACAUGAUUUUGAAAUGUACACACCCAAGAAGACAAUAUAUUCUCCACCAUACUUAUUGCUUUGAUUGACUGCUUAGUGUGAAUGCCAAGGCUUGUUGAACUUUCUUAUCUUCAAAAAGUGCAAUAAAUACAUUCAAAUUGUGAGUUUCAAGUCCAGUGAGAGACAUAGGGGCGCUGAAGUAUAUUAUCAACCGGUUUUUUAUCCUGCUCCACCUGCCGAGUCUUAAAACGUGUGGCAACUUUGAUGUUUAAAACUGAAGCAAAUGUUCAUGGGUCAACCUCUAAGAAGACCCAGGGAUCUCGUCCGGAUCAGCAUCAGAGAAACUACAACAGACAUUGAUCCGUAAAGACAAUCUGGAGGGGAAUCUGCUCUUGGAGUACGACAUCUGUGCUGCUCUGCUCAUCCUGCAGCUAUCAAAACUCAGACAAGGACUGAGAACACAGUCAGACUUUUUCCUGAUCCAGUGUGAGGUCCUGGCACAGGGAUGUCGUAUGUGUACAGAUUGCAAAGUCCGCUGAGGCAAAUUCAGAAUUUAUGAUAUUGGGCUCUGAAAUAAACUGAAUUGAAUUGAACACGCCUCGUUAAUUCUACAUGUUCCCAGUUCUUUGCCCAAUGUACGGUCAUACAUGUCCUUUCACCUGUUUGCCUGUCUGACCUCCCCUUGUUCCGACUCACUGGAACAUCACUCCCAAAAGCCCAAUCGUAGCAAAUUCUCUGUCCCCCUCUUUUGUUUCGCUCCCCUCAAGCCAAACUCCAAUAUCAGCACUGGGACAUGUAAGGGAAAGUGUCCAUGUGGCAAAAUGUCUAAACCCUCCAUUGUUGUGCUUUUGUUUCCUCUGCCUCGCGAGACCGCCACACACUCCAUCGGCCAUAUAUAUCUGGGUGGCCCCAUUUUUCAACUUUAAUUUGGAACAGCUAACAGUGAAAAAUGUCUCAGUACUCAGGAAAGAUCGUGUUCUACGAGGGGAAAUGUUUCACGGGGAGGAAACUGGAGAUCCGCAGUGACUGCGACAACUUCCAGGACCGUGGCUUCAUGAACAGGGUCAACUCUGUCCGCGUGGAGAGCGGAGCCUACAUCUGCUAUGACCACCCGGACUUCAAGGGCCAACAGUACAUUCUGGAGCAUGGAGAGUACCCCGAAUUCCAGCGCUGGAAUGCCCAUAACGAUCACAUGGGCUCCUGCAAGCCAAUCGGGAUGCAUGGAGAGCACUUCAGGGUGGAGCUGUUCGAGGGAGACAACUUCUCUGGCCAGUGCGUGGAGCUGUGCAACGAUUGUCCGUUCCUGCAAGCACGAGGCCUGACCAAGAGCUGCGUCAACUCCCUCAAGGUUUAUGGAGAUGGAGGCUGGGUGCUUUACGAGGAGCCUAACUACCGCGGCCGCAUGUACAUCGUGCAGAGAGGAGACUACUGCACCCACAUGGAGUGGCAGGCGGAGAACCCGAACAUCCAGUCCAUUCGCAGGGUGGCAAACUAUUUCUAAACCAUUUCACCGUCACAGGCAAUGUGCCAGCGGAGAUAGAGUCAUCUACUGAGGAAAGAAACACACCACACUGCCAAGUCAUCUCACGUGGACUCUGUUGGGCUAUACAUUAAUAAAAGAUAAAGCACAUGUU